UUGUAUCUAGCACACAAAUCUCACACAGUCCACAGGCACUUGUAAGCACAGCCAGUGCACAGAAGCAACCUAACAGCCAUCAGCAUGGCUCACUACCAGGAGGUGGACUACUGCUCGGAGGAGGUGAGGUCGGUGGCCAGCCCGGCCGGCUUCGGCCGCCACGGCGGCGUCCAGCAGCACGUCGUCAGGGAGAAGUUCGAGGAGGUCGACAGGGUGUCACGCACCGGCAGCCACGGCCGCCACCACCACCACGGCCACCACGGCCACGGCGGCUCCGGCCACUUCCUGGUGCGCGAGACCAAGGUCGAGGAGGACAUCAACACCUGCACGGGCGAGGUCCACGAGCGCAAGGAGACCUUCCUCGUCCGCUCCGACUGAUCAGCUGCUUCACGCGGGCUCAGCUCCAGCGACGACGACGCACGUAUCUGGAUUGGACCGGAGGCACGUAUCGCAUACGUACGUGCGUGCUCCCCGUAUUUAGUUAUGAUGUACAAAAUUUGUGUGCAAGGUCUACCGUAUCCGCGUACUUUGCUGGCUUGCAUACGCACCCAGUCUCUGUAUGUUCUACCAAAAUAAGCUCGUGACCUGAAUAAUCAAGCUUCUCCGGUAUGAAGUAAUGUGCGUUGCUGCA